AUGAUUGAAUCUGCCAAGGAUGAAUGUUUUCAUGAGCUUUCAGCAAUAACUAAUGUGACGAAGAUUAAUUUAAUUUAUAAAAUGUUGGAUGUCUACAUUGAGAAGCAACAACAUUCUAGAAAAUUUAGUUUUCUUUUUAACUUCCAGAACGAAAAUGUCAGUAAUUGGAAUGUUUCUCUCAGCCGUAAAUGUUUUGUGACGCCAGUCAACGGAAGCCAUGAAAAGAGAAUAAAGAUUUCUAUCCAGCUCGUUUUAUUGGAAGAAGACCACAAAUUUUAUGACGCAAAAAAAGAUAAGGAAAAGACAACAAAUUGA